AUGGUGGCCGUUCUCUCUCUCUCUUCAGGUGUUGCUAAGGUGGUUCUUAAAAAGGGCAAGACACAGCUCUUCAAAGACGGAAGCCCAAUGGUGUACAGUGGAGCCGUUGACAGGAUCAUUGGGAAACCGCCUCCCCAGACCGGAGAUGUUGUCAUUGUCGCCGAUGGCUCCGAGAAUCCCAUUGGUUGGGGUCUGUACAACUCCGUUUCUAUGUUCUGUGUUCGCCUUAUGCAGCUCCAACACGAAUCCACCAGGGAUCCUUCUUGUGCACUCAACAUUGAGAAGCUUCUCGAAACUAGAAUCACUCAGGCACUUGAGCUGCGAAACAAUUUGGGACUUCCCUCGGCUAAUACUAAUGCUUAUCGUCUUGUGAACAGUGAAGGAGACAGAUUGUCUGGAUUGAUUGUCGAUGUAUUUGGAGAUGUAGCUGUAGUUGCAUCCUCCGCUGCUUGGCUUGAAAAGUACAGGAAUCAAGUGGAGACUUGCUUGAGAUCAGUCCAUGGAAUUAAUCAUAUAAACUGGAGACCGUCUCUUGAUGUUCUUAAAGAAGAUGGGUUUGAUGUCUCGAGUUUGAAACAAACACAAUCAUCUACUCUUCCCCAGAGAUCAAUGGUCGUGGAAAACGGCAUCUCCUACGCAAUCUCGCUAGAGGGACAGAAGACAGGGUUCUACACAGAUCAACGCGAAAACCGACACUUCAUAUCAACCAUCUCUGCUGGUAAAAGAGUUCUUGAUCUUUGUUGCUAUAGUGGUGGUUUUGCACUAAAUGCAGCGAGAGGAGGUGCUACCAGUGUCGUGGGAAUUGACUCAUCUCUACCUGCUUUGGAGCUCGCCAGAGAGAAUGUGAUCCUCAACCAUAUGGAUCCGGGGAAGGUUGUUUUCUGCAAACAAGAUUCCACAGAAUUCAUGAAGGGUGCCCUGUCAAGGGGAGAGACAUGGGACAUCGUGAUCCUAGACCCUCCUAAGCUAGCUCCGCGGAAAAAGGUUUUGCACAACGCGGCAGGAAUGUACAGAAAUCUCAACUCGUUGGCAAUGAGAUUGACGAGUAGUGGAGGGCUUAUGAUGACGUGUUCAUGUUCAGGGGCGAUGACGCAGAGCGGCAAGUUCUUGGGGAUUCUUCAGAGCGCUGCAGCCAUGGCGGGAAGGAAGAUCACAGUGGUGAGGGAGGCAGGAGCUGCGUCUGAUCACCCACUCGACCCAUCUUACCCUCAAGGCCAAUAUCUAUCCAAUGUUCUGCUUCGGGUGCUUUGA